AUGCUGCAGCUCCUGAAAGAAGCUACGACAAACACCAUAUCUGCAAAUUCGACCACUUCAACAGGACUUCAAUGUUGGGUACACAUCAUCAUGGCGGUAGAAGAGCGACCUGCUCUCGAUCCGCUGGCGCCGACGAAGUCAGAGCAUGAAGCACACGAACAGGCAAUCGCCCCUCACGACCUCCUCAUCAUCUCCGUCGGCCAAGACUUAGACCAAACCAAGUUCUGCCUCCCCAAGACCCUGGCCUGUGCAAAAUCUCCUGUCCUAGCAGCAGCAUGCGAGAACUACCAACACCAAUUCCCCGCCUCACCAAUCGCCCUACGCCUCAAGGACAUGGUCCCCUACUGCUUCGCGAUCUACCAUCACUGGCUACAAUCCGGUCACCUGAACACUGAACCAAACUCGUACAAAGGCCCCGUCCGCCGCCACAGCAAGGAGUCUUUCUCACACCCGAUCUGCGCCUACGUAGUUGGCGAACAGCUUAAGGACGUCUCACUUCGACAUGCGGCUAUUGAGAAGUGCUGCGAGAUUCAUCAGAGGGAGGGUAUCAUCCCGAGUAUCUACCAUGUGGAGUAUGUCUGGGAGCAUACGAGGGAGGACGCGCCAUUGAGGGUGUGGAUGAUGGAUGUGUGGAGCGUUGAUGUUGAUGAAGAGUUGUUUGUGGAGUUGAUGGAUGAGUUGCCUGGAGGGUUUCUUGUGGAAGUUGUGAGGCGGGUUUUCAGGUUGAGGGAUAGGGCGAAGAGGGGGAUGAGGUUGGUUGAUGAAGCGGGGAGUUAUUUUGGGUCGUGA